AUGGCCAUGCAAUCUUCACUGGAGGUGCUGAAGAACACGCUUGAGGAGAUUGUCAAGAACCCGCAAUACCAUGAUCUAUUAUCGCUAGUCAAGACGGCGCGCAAUGGUAUCAUUUACGGAACCAAGGUGCGGUUUCCUCAUGCGCUGGUGAUGGUCUUUCUCUUCCGCUCCGGAACGUACGCUCAACCUCUUCCCAUGGAACCUACCGACAGUGAGCUAAUGUGUGACGAACUCAGAUUCCGAGAAAAGGUCAAAUUAGUCCUUCGAGCGACGAGACACCAUGCGACCAACUUGGCGCGCUUCGCUACCAUUUAUAAGCUGACCAUGUUGGCGCUCAAAUACUUUGGCGCAGAGCCUGGAAAGGAGGGAACAUACGACUCUUUUGUAGGCGGUCUUGUCGGUGGUUAUUUUGUCUUUGGCGGUCGAUCGAAGCGCACAGGAAAGAUUUCAUCAGUCAACCAACAGAUCGUCAUCUACGUGUUUGCGCGUGUCAUGCUCGCCCUCGCACGCAUCGCUGUCAAACCUGGCGCUGGUUUACCAGUUGUGUCGUCCGAGCCUCUCCACAGCACUAUCAACCACUACGCCUGGCCAGCAUUCGCCUCGCUGUCGUGGGCUAUGGUCAUGCUGGUCUUCCGCUACCACCCCGAGGAUCUACAAUCGAGCUUGAGAAGCAGCAUGACAUAUAUCUAUAAGGACUGCAACGAAUUCGACUCACUUCGAACUUUGCUCUGGGUGAAUAAAUAG